AUGUUGGAGUCUAUUUCAGAGUCAUCUUCAGCCCUGAGCUCUGUUACCCUCAGCUUCCUGGGGGACUGGGAAGGUGAAAGUCCUGCUGGGUCCCACAGUUUGAAGGCAGAGGAGUGGAGGCUGCUGGUGUCUGCAGAGGGUUCCCAUUCGGAUGCUGGCUCGGUCUGUGCCGAUAACCAAACAGAGCUGCCACCCUCCAUGGAGCGCACAGGAGGAAUUGGAGACUCCAGACCUCCCUCUUUCCACCCUAACACUGGGGGGAGUCGGGAAAACUUGGACAAUGAGACAGAGACAGACUCGGUGGUGUCAUCGCAAAGGGAACGACCUCGUCGGAAAGAUGGGCCUGAGCAUGCACCCAGGGUGAAUGGGACAGUGAAGGGAGAGCGGCGCCGAGACCUGGGCGGGUACGAAAGCUCCUCCACGCUCAUGAGCAGUGAGCUGGAGACCACCAGCUUCUUCGAUUCAGAUGAAGAUGACUCCACCAGCAGGUUUAGCAGUUCGACAGAGCAAAGCAGUGCUUCCCGUCUGAUGAGGAGGCACAAGCGGCGCCGGCGGAAACAGAAGGCUCCGCGCAUUGAGCGGUCAUCGUCCUUCAGCAGCAUCACAGACUCCACCAUGUCCCUGAACAUCAUCACGGUCACGCUGAACAUGGAGAAAUACAACUUCCUGGGCAUUUCCAUUGUGGGACAGAGCAAUGAGCGUGGGGAUGGAGGCAUUUACAUUGGCUCCAUCAUGAAGGGUGGCGCUGUGGCAGCUGAUGGCAGGAUUGAGCCGGGUGACAUGCUCUUGCAGGUAAAUGACAUCAACUUUGAGAACAUGAGCAACGAUGAUGCUGUGCGGGUGCUGAGGGAGAUUGUGCACAAGCCGGGGCCCAUCACCCUGACGGUGGCCAAAUGCUGGGACCCCAGCCCCCGGGGCUGCUUCUCGUUACCCAGGAUUGCUCCCCAGCGGAUCUGGGCUGGGCCAGACUCUCCAUGCUCCGAUCCGGGUGAGCCCAUCCGGCCCAUCGACCCGGCAGCCUGGGUGUCUCACACGGCAGCGAUGACUGGCACCUACCCAGCGUACGGUAUGAGUCCAUCCAUGAGCACAAUCACUUCCACCAGCUCCUCCAUCACCAGCUCCAUCCCAGAGACCGAACGUCUCGAUGACUUUCACCUGUCCAUCCACAGCGACAUGGCCACCAUUGUCAAAGCCAUGGCCUCACCAGAGUCAGGCCUGGAAGUGCGUGACCGCAUGUGGCUGAAGAUCACCAUCCCCAAUGCCUUCAUUGGUUCGGAUGUGGUGGAUUGGCUCUAUCACCAUGUGGAGGGCUUUACAGACCGUCGUGAAUCUCGCAAAUACGCCAGCAAUCUGCUGAAGGCCGGCUACAUCCGACACACCGUGAACAAGAUCACCUUCUCGGAGCAGUGCUAUUACAUCUUCGGGGACCUCUGUGGAAACAUGGCUAAUCUGUCUCUUCACGAUCACGAUGGCUCCAGUGGUGCCUCCGAUCAGGACACUUUGGCUCCGCUACCCCACCCAGGAGCCGCACCCUGGCCUAUGGCUUUCCCAUAUCAGUAUCCGCCACCUCAUCCAUACAACCCCCACCCCGGCUUCCCUGACCCAGGCUACAGCUACGGAGGGGGCAGUGCAGGCAGCCAGCACAGUGAAGGGAGCCGGAGCAGCGGUUCCAAUCGCAGUGGCAGUGAGAGGAGGAAGGAGAGAGAGAAGACCGGGGAGUCCAAGUCAGGCGGCAGCGGGAGCGAGUCAGACCACAGGGCGCCGCCGGGCCGUGACCUGGCCUCUGUGCCCCCCGAACUGACAGCCAGUAGACAGUCCUUCCGAAUGGCCAUGGGCAACCCCACAAAGAAUUACGGGGUGUUUGACUUUCUCUGA